AUGCUGUUUAAGCUAUUUUCUCCAUUUGGAGACUUAACUUUUUUCUUCUUUUUGUUUUCCCAUUUGGCCUGCAUUCCAUGUAGUUCACUGGCUUUCCUUUCCAGCCCUUUUACUGUUUUGCAGUAUGCAGAACUGAAACCAGUUCCAUGCUUGACUUACUCAGAUGCUCAAAAGUUAAGAGAAACAAGUGCCACCCCAAUUCUUAGACAGGUAACUGAAGAUGGUAAAUACUGUUUAGUGCUGGUGUUUGAGGCAAAAGCCCUGCAGUUGUCAGAUUUUGAAAAAAGACAGGCAAAAUUUGCUUCAUUCUUUGGACCGGGUAUCACAGCUGAAGUUGUGUGGAGUAUAAUACAUGGAUAAAAGGAAAAAAACAAUACAAUACAACCAGGAGGUCAAAAUAAAUAGUCGAUGCUCCAACAAAAAACUUAGACAUCCACUUCAUGAGCUAAGUGAUGAAAAGAAGAGUAUAAUUCAACAUAUUGGCUUUGGUGGAUUACUUCAGCUCUCUUCCACAGAGAUAAGGCAUAGCUUAUGUAGAUGGAUAAUAACUCAUUUCAAUAUAGCCCACUGUAGGUUAGACAUAGGACAAGAAAGGCAAUUUCCAAUAACUUGUUCUGAUGUAGGUGAAAUUCUGGGUAUUCCAUAUAUUGGUAGGAGGCUCCUACUUUCACCUACCAAUAGGAAUGAUAAGAUGGAAAACCUAUCAGAUCUUAGAGAUAGGCUGAUUUUAAUGGAAAACAUGGCCGAGUUCAAAAAAUUGUUUAUCUUCUUCUCAUGUGCUACAUUACUUGCUCCAACAUCAAAAUUGGAUGGUAGUCAUGAGUUGUGGUGUACUUUGCUUGUUGGAGACUUUGACAUCAAUGUUAAUUGGGGUCAAUUUGUACUUGACACACUGGUUGCUGGAAUUAGACAUUUUCGAUUGGGUAAAGGCUCAUGGUUUACAGGUUGCCUUA